AUGCCGUACUCAGGAAGCGCGCAGGCCGCGCUGGUGCAAUGGGCAAACACAUUUCCCCUGGAUGGACAGGCAGACUCAAUAUCAGAUUUCCUCGACGGACACCUGCUAUCCAAGGUCCUCCAAGCACUCGACCCCUCCUUCGACUCCAAUACCACCGAGGGCGAGCUAUACGAUGUCUACAAGGGCAUACAGAGGCUAGUAUAUCGCGAGUGUCCGGGGCUUAUUGGGCAGACCAAGCUUGCCGACAUCAGACCCAGGGCGAGAGAAGCGCAGCCGGAGGCCAUCAGUAAGCUUCUUGCCGUGCUAUUUGCUGUUGCAAUGCUUGGUAGCAACAACGAGCGAUGGGUCACCCGUAUCACCCAGGAUAUAUCCGACAAGACGGUCCUCAUGCAGCUUCAGCGGGUCACGCAAGACAUGAGUACAGCUAUCAACGAUGCCGAGGCGGCGGACGUAGAAGAAAUCUCCGAGAUUGGGAACGAAAGCCACGAUGUCGAUCUCGCAAUGGAAGCCGACAACAUACGCCUCCGCUCUGACCUGGACAAGAAGGGAAAGUUGCUUGCGGAUAUGGAAACGCGCUUGGGCCACCUGCAGGAAAGUUACGACGAUCUGAAAGAGGAGGUUGUUCGUAAGGGCAGGGAGCUUGAGGCGUUCCACGAUGCCCAAGACGGUGCUGGUAAGGAGGUCAUCAGGUCGCUCGAGCUGAAGCUGCGCGAGCAGGACGAGCUUAUUGCCAACCAGGAGGCGCAGGCUGAAGAUGAUCGCAUAGCCAAGGAGCGGCUGACGAGCGAAGUUUCGGCACUCAAAGCCAAGACGCAGAAGCUUGAGACGCUUGACGAUGAGGUCAAGGAGCUACGGUUCAAGAAUGAGGAACUAUCCCGCAAGGCCAACAUGGUUGAGCGGUACAAGCAGAAGCUCGAGGCGCAGUCUACAUUGUCAAAAGAGAUGGACAAUUUGCUCUACGAAAAGGAGCAGAUGCAGCGCGAUCUCAUUGAGUAUGAAAAGGUUCUGAAGAGAAAUCAGGCCUUGGAGCAGACCAACGAGCAGUACGCUUCAAAGCUCAGAGAUUACGAGCUGCAGUACGUUGAGUUGGAUGCUCAGCGCCGGGCUCUUCACGAUGACACUAUGCAGUUGAGAGCUCGCCUCGCAACGCUUGAUGCGCAGCGUCUCUCCGAUGAGCAUCUCAUCUCCGAGCUGCAGGAGCAGAUCAACUCGGGCACCCCGGGUGCUCUGUCUCCCGACGCUGGUACUGCGGGCUUCAGUCUCGAGCAGGAGCUUGAGGGUGUUAGCAGCGCCGCCCCACCCAACCUCAGCCUCGAGGUCUCUCGUCUCAAGGCAGAGAACAACUUGCUGCGGAACGGUAUGGGAUCUGGACCAGAAAACACUCGAUUGCGUCAGGAGCUCGAGGAGGAGCGCAGGCAACGUGAACGUAUCCAGGGAACUUACAACGACACCUUCGAGAAGCACCAGAUUGCGGAGGCCCAAAUCAGCGCUCUGAUCGAGAGCAGUGGCGAAAACGAGGUGCUAGCCAACCUGAGAAUCCAACUUGCUCAAAAGGCCCAUGAACUUGAGAGUGAGAGGAGGAAGAACAGCGAGAUCCAAGCUCAGCUCUCUGACAAGGAUCGCGAACUCCUCAGCGCAAGGACCGAUCUCUCAGCCGUCGCAAAGGAUAGCGUUGAUGCCCUCGAGGAACUCAAGUCUACUGACCAACUUAUUUCCGGUUCAAUCCGCGAAGAACUCGAGGCAGCGCGGCAACAGCUGAAAAAUUUCGGCACUGACCUCGAAGAACAGCGGAGCUCACUUAUCAACGCCCUACUUGAGAAAGACAAGCUUCGGAAAGACCUUGACGAGGCGAAGGAUGGCUCGAGUGCGGAGCCGACGGAGGCCGCCCAGAAGCUCCAGGAGAAGGUUGACAAACUGCGUGUCAGGCUCAAAGAGCGCCAAUCGCAAUUGGAGAAAUCCGAGCAGGAUAAAUACGACUUGCAGCGGAAGCUCAAGGCAGCCGAAGGCGGAGAAGCUGCCGCGGCUCAGAAGGCUGCGAGCGAUCAAAUCAUCAAGAACCUCCAGCGCGAGAACGCUCUUAUUGCGACGGCGUGGUACGAUCUUACUAGCCGUAUUCAGAGCAACCACGUCGUCUUGCAAAGGCGGAAUGAAGCCCCCAAGAGCUGGCUGGGCAAACAAAGGCAGAUGGUCAAUGCCCUUGGCGAGAACUAG